AUUCCUCUUUUAAGAAGAGCUUGUCAUAUUGAAGAGACGCCCCUUACUCGCCUGCUGCUUUCAGUCGUCUGAAGAAAUGGCUGAAGUUGCCAAGGUAGGACCUGCGGUUCCGGAAUCAGUGCUGAAGAAGCAAAAGAGAAAUGAGGAAUGGGCUUUGGCUAAGAAGCAAGAGGUUGAAGUAUUGAAGAAAAAGAAUGCUGCCAACAGGAAACUGAUCUUCAACAGGGCUAAGCAGUACAGUGAGGAGUAUGAAGCUCAGCAAAAGGAAUUGAUUCAACUGAAACGUGAAGCAAGGUUGAAGGGUGGGUUUUAUGUGAAUCCUGAAGCCAAGAUGCUGUUCAUCAUUAGGAUCCGUGGUAUCAAUGCCAUGGACCCCAAAUCAAAGAAAAUCUUGCAGCUCUUGCGUUUGAGACAGAUUUUCAACGGUGUGUUCCUGAAAGUCAACAAGGCAACAUUGAACAUGCUGCACAGGGUGGAGCCAUAUGUCACCUAUGGAUACCCCAACUUGAAGAGCGUGAAGGAGUUGAUAUAUAAGAGAGGCUACGGGAAGUUAAACAAGCAGAGGAUUCCGUUGACCGACAACUCCAUUGUUGAGCAGGGUCUUGGGAAACAUGGCAUCAUCUGUGUUGAAGAUCUUAUUCAUGAGAUCCUCACUGCUGGCCCUCAUUUUAAGGAGGCCAACAACUUCCUCUGGCCAUUCAAGCUGAAGGCUCCAUUGGGAGGCCUGAAGAAAAAGAGAAACCACUAUGUCGAAGGCGGAGAUGCAGGUAAUCGCGAAGAUUUCAUCAACGAACUCAUUAGGCGAAUGAAUUAGAUAUUUUGAUCGUAUUUCUCAGCGGUUUUGAUGUUGCUAUUUGGAUUUAUUAGAUUGUUUACUUGCUAUUUUAUUGAGAGUUGGGUACUUUUUAUUUCAAACAAACAAGGUUGUAACAUCAUGAAGAAAUUUUUGGAUUUUGUCAUCAAGGUUUCUACUUUCCUA